AUGGACAUCAAGCUCAAUGGCCAAACAACCCGUGCAAUGGUGGACACGGGCGCCACCCACAACUUUCUUGUCGAUCAAGAAACAAAGCGACUUGGGCUGAUCUUGGAGAAGAACCCAAGUCGGAUGAAGGUAGUGAACUCGGAAGCCAAGCGGAUCUCCAGGCUAGCAAAGGGAGUCCCCAUCAAAAUUGAAACAUGGAACGGGAGCAUAAACAUGAUGGCGGUGCCAUUGGAUGACUUUCAACUAGAGCCACUAGAUGGGGAGGUCAUUCAUGAACCUGCUAUAUCGACGAACAUUCUGAAGAAGUUCACAAACGUUAUGCCACCCGAGUUGUCGAAAACUCUACCACCACGCAGAGUCGUGGAUCAUCAUAUUGAGCUGAAGCCAAGAGUGAAGCCUCCAAUAUACGGAGCGUUUGAGUUCUUAGUGAUGCCUUUCGACUUAACCAACGCUCCGGCCACAUUCUGCACUCUUAUGAAUCAACUAUUCAAUGAGUAUUUGGACAAGUUUGUGAUCGUCCACUUGAACAACAUCGUCGUCUAUAGCCAAACACUCGAGGAGCAUAUCGAGCACCUUCAAACAACUUUCAAGGUUCUCAGAGAGAACACUUUGUUUGUGAAAAAGGAGAAGUGCUACUUUGCUCAGACGAAGAUCUUAUUCUUAGGGCAUCGAAUCGGUGAUGGUUCCAUUCGGAUGGACAAAUCAAAGGUGCAAGCUGUUGCGGAAUGA